CAUUGUUUAACUUUAUAUAGUCUAGAAAGCGUUAGAGAAGGGAUUGCAAAUACAUUUUAUAAAAUUCUGUAGAUUCGUAGGCCAUAUCAAAACUCCUAAACCGCUACAGAUAUGAGUGAAUCGAAUGUGCCGACGUCUAGUGCCGGCGUCGAAGAUGCUGAACGCUUUGAUACACCAGAGCAGGAUGACUCAGAACAGCAACAAUCGUUCGAUGCAGAUGAAAAGCCUCCCGUGAAGAUGGAAGAUGUAAUAACCAUUGAUCCCGAGACAACGGAUGUUGAUCUGAAUCAUGGUCGAAUCGGGAAAAUUGAAAACUUAGAGCCUUUGGUUAAAUUGGAACGGCUGUACUUAAGGUGGAAUUUGAUUAAGAAGAUUGAAAAUAUGGAUCAUCUCACAUCACUGCAAGAGCUUGAACUAUAUGACAAUCAAAUUACAGAGCUGGAAAAUUUGGACAAUUUGAGCAGUUUGGUAGUUCUAGAUGUUAGUUUCAACAGGCUGCAUAAGAUACAAAAUUUGGACCGAUUGGUUCAAUUAUGUAAGCUGUAUUUAUGCUCUAACAAGAUUUCGGUGAUAGAGAACCUGAAUAGCUUGACCAAUUUAACGAUGCUAGAGCUCGGAGACAACAGGAUCCGAAAAAUUCAAAAUCUUGAUGCAUUGACCAAUUUAACGCAUCUCUAUUUGGGAAAGAAUAAAAUUACCAAGAUAGAAGGCCUUGAUUCACUGGUCAAGCUAGAAUGUUUGAGCGUGCAAAGCAAUCGUAUUGUAAAGAUUGAAAACCUUGAAAAAUUGGUGAAUCUAAACGAAUUGUACCUGUCUGAAAACGGAAUUGAAAAGAUAGAAAACCUCGACAAUAAUAAAUUGAUAGAGACGUUGGAUGUAGCCAAGAAUCGCAUUAAAGUGAUUGAGAAUAUUGCACAUUUGUCUAAUUUGGAGGAGUUUUGGAUGAAUGACAAUAGCGUCUCUGAUUGGCAGUGUGUCAAUGUAUUGGCCAGUAACAAGAAGCUUGCCACAGUUUAUCUAGAGCGAAAUCCAGUUGCUUCAGAUGUUACAUAUCGCAACAAACUUAAACUAGCUGUUCCUUGGCUAACGAAGAUCGACGCUACCCUAUGCCGUUAGAAAAAUCUUAUCAUUAACUGAUAUAUCUAAAUAUACAAAAAAAAA